CGCGGCCGCUGUGGGCGCGGAGCUGCGAGGCGGAGCCGGGCGGCCGAGCCGGGAGCCCGCGAGCCUAGAGCGCGUCGGUCCAGCCGCCGGGCCGCGCCGCCGCCAAGCAGCCGCCCCGCGCGCCGCGCCUCGGGAACAAAGGCGCCCGCCCGCCGCCCGCCGCCCGCGCCGCCGCCAUGAAGCCGGGGCCGCCGCACCGUGCCGGGGCCGCCCACGGGGCCGGCGCCGGGGCCGGGGCCGCGGCCGGGCCCGGGGCCCGCGGGCUGCUCCUGCCACCGCUGCUGCUGCUGCUGCUGGCGGGGCGCGCCGCGGGGGCCCAGCGCUGGCGCAGUGAGAACUUCGAGAGACCCGUGGACCUGGAGGGCUCUGGGGAUGAUGACUCCUUUCCCGAUGAUGAACUGGAUGACCUCUACUCGGGCUCGGGCUCGGGCUACUUCGAGCAGGAGUCGGGCAUUGAGACAGCCAUGCGCUUCAGCCCAGAUGUAGCCCUGGCGGUGUCCACCACACCUGCGGUGCUGCCCACCACGAACAUCCAGCCUGUGGGCACACCAUUUGAAGAGCUCCCCUCUGAGCGCCCCACCCUGGAGCCAGCCACCAGCCCCCUGGUGGUGACAGAAGUCCCGGAAGAGCCCAGCCAGAGAGCCACCACCGUCUCCACUACCAUGGCUACCACUGCUGCCACAAGCACAGGGGCCCUGACUGUGGCCACAGUGCCUGCCACAGUGGCCACCGCCGCCCCCAGCACCCCUGCAGCACCCCCUUUUACGGCCACCACUGCUGUUAUAAGGACCACCGGCGUACGGAGGCUUCUGCCUCUCCCACUGACCACAGUGGCUACAGCACGGGCCACUACCCCCGAGGCGCCCUCCCCGCCCACCACGGCGGCUGUCUUGGACACCGAGGCCCCAACACCCAGGCUGGUCAGCACAGCUACCUCCCGGCCAAGAGCCCUUCCCAGGCCGGCCAACACCCAGGAGCCUGACAUCCCUGAGAGGAGCACCCUGCCCCUGGGGACCACUGCCCCUGGACCCACAGAGGUGGCUCAGACCCCAACUCCAGAGACCUUCCUGACCACAAUCCGGGAUGAGCCAGAGGUUCCGGUGAGUGGGGGGCCCAGCGGAGACUUCGAGCUGCCAGAAGAAGAGACCACACAACCAGACACAGCCAAUGAGGUGGUAGCUGUGGGAGGGGCUGCGGCCAAGGCAUCAUCUCCACCUGGGACACUGCCCAAGGGUGCCCGCCCGGGCCCUGGCCUCCUGGACAAUGCCAUCGACUCGGGCAGCUCAGCUGCUCAGCUGCCUCAGAAGAGUAUCCUGGAGCGGAAGGAGGUGCUCGUAGCUGUGAUUGUGGGCGGGGUGGUGGGCGCCCUCUUUGCUGCCUUCUUGGUCACACUGCUCAUCUAUCGUAUGAAGAAAAAGGAUGAGGGCAGCUACACGCUGGAGGAACCCAAGCAGGCGAGCGUCACAUACCAGAAGCCUGACAAGCAGGAGGAGUUCUAUGCCUAGUGGAGCCACAGUGCCUCCCUGCAGCCUCAACACCACCCUGCUGUCCAGUCCCCAGCCUGGCCCCACCAGCCCAAGCCUGGGACUGGGCCUGGAACCUGGCCCCAGUUCUUCUCUGCCCUCUCUCCCAAGGUCUGCCCAGGCUGCCAGCCUCACACAGAUCUUCCCCGAGGAAGAGGGGCUGCUGCCAUCUGCCCCAGACUGUGCCCUUACGAGCUCAUCUCUUGUUCCCCUCAUCCCUGCCACCAGUCUGGGGCUUCAGGACCUCAUGUCAGAUGGAUGGGAGGAAGAAAGCUCCUGAUUGGCUGGUGGUGGAAGAAAGGGUGGGGCUUGAGAUGAGCCUGAGCCCCGACUUGGCACCCACAGGUCUCACUGAGAUCUCCUUUUUGGGGCAGAGAGGCACUCAGGCUGGUUUCCAGGACAAACAUUUGGUAAACACAGCCCUUGAAAUCAUCUAGACACUGCAACCUCUUGCUCGUAUCCCAGGGCCUCUCUCUAGCUGGGUGAGAGGGUGUCCCUUGUCACCAGCCUGUUUUGUUCUGGUCUCUCUGGGGUUGUUGAAUCUCUCCUCUUGCCUGCCAAGUACACAUGUACCCCAGACUUCAUUUCUUUCUGCAUCUUCCCCCAAGAAACAGAUUCCUGAGGGUGCUGGGGCAGCCACUGGUGAGGAGGGGCUGCUCUGAUGUCCCUCCUAUGAGGGGACUCUGCACAGACACCAUUGCCCUCACUAUCACACAUAUUUUCACUCAGUCACACACAAGACAAAAGCAUGCAAUGACAAAACCAUACGUAAUCCUGACCGCCCAGCCAAUCAAGACAUAUCACAGAACACACGCAUCCUUCCAAGAAUGUUUAUCCUCAUGCAUCACUUACACACCCCCAGACACGUACUGCAAUGCAAGUCACUAGUCAUGGUCACAUGACAGUGACAGUGUGGCCUCCUCCUACCCCAAAUACACCCACACUCUGGCACAACACACAUUGUCUCCAGCUUUCAGGCUUACUGAGGAGGGUGGAAUCGAGCCGGAACAAUCAGCCCAUAUUGGGUCCCCCUAAGUUGCCCCAUCAUACUCAGUCCCAUGCCAUGGUGCCCACACCAACCAUGCAGCCACCAACCCCAGCCAGUGUCAGACACAAUCCCAUGUGGAUGCACAGUCUCACUCCACAUGACCUGCUCUCAAUGCUGGAGGGAAACAGGCAGGCCCUUGCCUUUCUUGGAAAAAGUGUGGGGCCACAGCCCUUUUAGGGCAUUGCACGCAGAUGGGCCUGGCUUCACCCCUACCUGCUUCCUCCCUACCACAGCUGGCAAAGGGGGAGGUUUGGGGCCAGACCCCCACUAGCUGGGAGCCUGGGGGCUCCUCUAAGGCUGAGGAAGGAAAUUUGGCCCCAGGUUGUUGGGGGGUCUUGGGUCUCCCAGGACGGAAGGCCCAGGGCAGGGAGGGGGCAUGUGGUUGGGCACCUUUAUCUCCCUGUGUCCCCUUCCUGCUUUGAGCUAGGGGGCUGACUCUGCCUCCCAGGACACAAGUCUCCAAAGUGCCUGUGAGGGCGGGCCCUCCGCACCCUCUGCCCUCUGCCUGGCAGGCCAACCUCAGCCCACCUGCCCAGAGGCCCUCCCUGUGGACACCCCCUCACCUAUUUGGCCAAACAAUUCUGGCUGCAGCUUCAGGGGCCAUGGCUGGAAGCAGCCCCUGCAGAUCCCUCAGGCCCCGAGGUCAGGGUUUGAGGGAUGAGACCAGGUGAUAGUGGGGGAGGGGUUACUUCCUUUGUUACCUAGCAAGUAGGGCUAUUUCCAUCGGUAUUUUAAAUGUGGGGUCACAGAUCUUUGGGGGAGGGUGUGCUUGGCAGGGGGCCUCUUGGAGCCAAAGGGAUGUGGUGUGAGUUGCGAUUGGCUGGCACUCACACCCCCACCCCUCUCACCCACAUCCCAGAUUCAAGUCAGGAAGGCAGGUUUUAUUUCAGGGCCCUUUUCAAGAUGCCCUGGCAGCAGAUUUCUGCAGGAUGAGGGGUAGCGGUGUGUAGGCAGUGAGGGGGAGGUUCCAGGGGCUGUCCCACAGCCUGUCUUUUCCAGGCUGGGCUCCAUCUUCCAGUCCCAAAACCCUCUUUCACAGGGCCCAGAGGCUUGUGAGGAAGCCAGGUGGACCCAGCCUUAGAAGAGUGGGCAUGGGGGGCCCCUGAUAUCUGGAGGGGGCGGGUUGGCCUCAGUCAUCUUUGGAGCAGAAGGGCUGGGUCCUGGGGCCACAGACCACAAGGCUCAGCCUCCCUACCCUGCUCCCUGGGGUGCUGCUGUCUUGGAGAGCACAGCUCUGGUGAGACGGCCUGGGCAGGCCGAGGCUGAGAAACCAGGGAGGAUAGAGGAGAAAAGGGCUUGGGCCCCCAGCCCCAGAAGAUUCUGGACCCCGGGUGGGAGACCCAACAGUGGGUGCAGGUUCUCGGUAGGGCUGGAGCCCAUGGUGGGGGUGGCCCCGGCAGGCCUGGCUCCUCACAUCCCAGGGGUUGGCUUCUGAUUUGCGGCUUGGGCUCCGGGCACUGGCUUCUCUUCUCUGUGUCCUUAGCAUUUGAGAGAAGAGGCCAGGGGCCUUGUUCAUGGAUCCCUGGACCCAAGGCAGAUGUCCAGGCUUUAUCCUCGUGAGGUUGAAGAGUCUGACCAGCCCAAAUCUGCCCUGGCCGGCCUGACCGGGGCAAGGCAGUCCAAGAGAGUUCAGUGAGGACCAGCUAGGCUCUCCCAGGUGCAAUGUGGGUGCAGGGCCCUCAUGUCCCCCUACCCCUGCCUGUGAUGGAGUGUUCUGAGGGGCUUUGGCAUUUGCUGGAAGCACAGCGAGUUCCAAACGAGAGGGAGCUUGUGUGGCUUGAGAGCCUCUGGGACCUUGGCUGCCAGAGCACGAGGCAGGCCAGGACCUGGAGAGCCCAGACCCUGUCUCCAGGAGGCCAGAUGGGGGCCUUGCCUGAAAGACUGGUCCCCUUGAUCGCUGGAGGCAUGUGGGUGGCAACCAGGGCUAGGCAGGGCUUAGGGUGUGUGGGCCAAACCCCCCUGGGGUUGGCAAAGCCACCUGUCAGGCCUCCUGGUGGGGGCCCCUGGACGCAGGGAGCAGACCCUCUGCCUCAUGGGGUAGGAGUGGCUGCCUCCUGUGUUCUCUGGAUUUCUUCUCCCAACAACUACAACCCUGGACUUGCCUCCCCAGGCCUCUUGCCUGUAAAUAGAAGCCCGCAAACUGUACAGAUUUACAGAGGCAUCGAGACUGGGCCCUGGGAGUUGCCAUCUGAGAGCCGAUGGCCCCAGCAUCCCCCAGGUGCCUGCCUGGCACCACAGUGACCCUGGCCUCAGCGUGGCAAAUGCAUGUAAAUAUUUUUCGUAGGCGGCGUGGCUCCAGAGAGCCCCCUGAAGACAGUGUCCCUCCCUCCUGUGAGUCCUUUCUCCUGUACAGAACCUGCCUGGGGUGGGUGGGGGUCUGCCAUUCCCUCCCCCAGGCCUUCCCUGCCCCUUCUCUCCCCUGUAACCUGUUUAUUAACCGUACCUGUCCUGAGUUCAUGGCCAAAACCUUAAAUAAGGAAAAACAAAAGAAAAAGACAGUGGAAAAAAGAGACCAAGGCGCCUGCCCCACUGCGGGUACUCUCCUGUUCCAGCCUUGUGAAGGAACUGGUUUUGUUUUUGUUUUUGUUUUUUUUUGUUUGUUUUUUUGUUUUUUAACACUUCCUGUGCUGUGCCCAUUUAUAAGAGGAAAUAAAAUUAAGCUGAAAUGA